CUGCUCAAAGAGCGAGCGAGCUGCGAGCGACGCCCCCGCGCUCCCGCGCACCAUCAGCGCUCCCGAGCGAGUCACCACCCCUUUGGCUCCACGUGGUCGGCAGCGGCGGGGCCACAGCUGCUUUGGCUGAGGGUUCUACGCCAGUCGUGGGUACCGGGAUGGCAGGGACCCCGUCCGGCGGUACUGUUCGGUUCUCUUGCCCCCCCAACUUUACCGCGACGCCCCCAGCCUCAGAGCUCACUCAUUUCUCCCUGGAGGCACUGACCGGCCCAGAUACGGAACUGUGGCUUAUCCAGGCCCCUGUAGACUUCGCUCCAGACUGCCUCAAUGGACGGCUGGUGCCUCUCUCUGGCUCGCAGACUGUGAAAGGCAAGGUGGCAGGGAAGCGGCACCGCUACAGGAUCCUCAGCAGCAGCGGCCCCCAGGCUGGAGGAGCAACGCUGCUGGCCCCCUCCGCAGAGGCGGGAGGCGGGCUCACCUGUGCCCCCACCCCGAGGGGCAGCCUAAGGAUCUUAGAGGGUUCCCAAGAAUCCCUGUCAGGGACUCCACUGCACCCCAUUCCCACAAGCCCCCCACCACAGAUCCCCCCUGGCCUGAGGCCUCGGUUCUGUGCCUUCGGAGGCAGCCCACCAGUCACAGGGCCUGCCUCAGCCUUGGCACCGAGGUCGCCGGCCUCAGGGAAGAGGAAAAAGAGGAGGCAUGUGGCUGAGGCCUCCAUGCCUCGGGAAGGGGUGAAUGGGCACGGGACCCUGGAGGGGGACACAGCCUGGGGGUCCUCAGAGAUGGACACGGGGAAGAAGAAAAAGAAAAGGCAUCAGCUGAAUGAACUGGAGGUGAUGAAGCCAGAGCCCACGGCUGAGACGUUGGAACCCCAGGGAAUGCUGUUCCCUUCCGCCAGCAAGAAGAAGAAAAAGAAGCCUAAAGAGACGGAAACUGCGAUGCUGGAGCCAGAAGAAGACAAGCCUGUGGAGCUGGAAUUCACAGUUAAAACUGAGCCUCUGCAAGAGACAGUCCUAUCCCCCAUGAAAAAGAGGAAGAGACAGAAGGGGACAGAAGAGACGGAGCCAGUGGAGGGGGUGAGAGUUGAGUCUCAGCUACAGGUGAAGGAGGAGCCCCAGGAGGAAUCCAUCCCACUGCUGUCCCCAAAGAAGAGAAAGGGAAAGGGGUGCAGCGCACCAGUGGAGCUGGGGACGGAGGCUGCGGGGCUGGAGAUGAGGCCUCCGGAGGUCCAAGGAGAGAUGAUGGAGCCUGGGCUGCCAUGUGACAUUGAGCCACAGGCCGAGGUGGCUCUGGCACCCACCCAAAAGAAGAGGAAGAAAGAAAAAUGGCAAAAUGCAGUGAUGGAACCAAAGACACAGGUGGUGGAGCCUGAGCUGCCAGGUGACCUUGAGCCUCAGGCAGCGCCAGCAUCCACCAAGAAGAAGAAAGAAAGAGAGCAUGGAGCGACAGAGCCAGGGGCUGAGACGGCUGACCCACAGGGUGAGCUGAUGGAGCCUGAGGCCAGGGCAGACCCAGCGCCCAGCAAGAAGCGGAAGAAGCGGCACCAUGAAAGUGAGGUGCCAGCGACAGCAUCCCCAGAGAUGCCCGAGCCUCCACUGAACCCGGAGUCUGAGGACAUGGCUCCCCCGGGACGAGAGAGGAAGAGGAAGAGGAAGCUGCAGCAGGAUCCUGCAUAGUCUCCUCCAGGUAAACUGGUGGCCACUAAGAGAGGCUGAGGCGGCCCCUGGGCCACCAGAGGACGAGAGCAGAGGAGAACGCCUCCCGGACGCUUGUGCCCGCACACCAGCAGGGGCCUGGAUGGGAAAUGCUUUAUUGUUACACAGGGACCGCCUCCGCAGCUGAGGUCAUCGGGGCACUUUCAAGAAGGGCUCAUGUAGGACGUCAAACAGCCUGCGGGCCUGGGUGGGGGAGAGAAAUAA